AUGGCUCAUAUCCCCACCGCCUAUGCUCAGCCUCCUUCUAGCGUCAUCUCUCCAAAAGUCUUCAUCAUAUCCAUGUUUGAGCCCGAAGGCCAAGUAUGGCACGACAACUUCUCUCAGUCCGGCCUUGGGAAUCUCUCAUCCCGGGCCAUCACCACUCCCGGCCUCUCCAUGCUCUACACUUCCAUCUUCUGCACUCAAAGCGGCACCGUCUGCCAGCUCACCGUCGGUGAAGGCGAAAUCAACUCUGCCGUUUCCAUGACAGCCCUCAUCCUCUCCAGCAGAUUCAACCUCACGCAAACAUACUUCCUCCUCGCCGGCAUCGCAGGCGUCAAUCCUCGCUACGCAACCAUUGGCAGCGUGGCCCUCGCCCGUUAUGCCGUCCAAGUGGCUCUGCAAUAUGAAAUCGACCCUCGCUCUCUCCCCGGAGACUGGCCCACGGGAUACAUCCCCUACGGACGAGCAUACCCCUUUGAAUACCCCUGCAUCACGUACGGCACCGAGGUCUUUGAACUCAACGAGAAUCUUCGCGACGCCGCAUACAACUUUACCCACCGCGCCAAACUCGCAGAUGCUGACGAGCCGCGGAGGUACCGCGCCCUAUACGGCAGCAUGGGCGAGUCGUAUCGCAUGGCCGUGCGGCCGCCCAGCGUGGUCAAGUGCGAUGGUGCGACCAGCGACGUGUACUAUUCGGGAGAGAAGCUCGCUCGGGCCUUUGAGAACACGACGGCCUUGUGGACCAACGGCACGGGUGCGUACUGUAUGAGCGCACAGGAGGAUAAUGCCAUUCUGGAAGUGCUGGUGCGGUUCGCGAUAGAAGGGCUCGUCGAUUUUAGCAGAAUCAUUGCUUUGCGAACAGGCUCCAACUUUGACCGCCCACCCCCUUCCCUCUCCGACUGGGAACAUCUCACCCGCGCAGACCAAAACGGCUUCCACAUCGCCAUCGCCAACCUCUACAACGCCGGAAUCGAGAUUGUCAGGGGCGUCCUCGACAACUGGAACUGCACCUUUGAAAAGGGCAUCCUCCCUACAAACUACAUUGGCGACAUAUUUGGCAGCUUGGGGGGUCAUCCUGAUUUUGGCUUUGGGAGCAUCACGGGGGGGAGAAGGGUCAAGUCUGCUGCGGCUAUGGCAGCAGCAGCAGCUUCAAAGAGAAACGAGAAUCACCGGGGGGUUUUUUCGCUGGCAAGUGUUGAAAUGGCGAGGAGGCGGCAAUUUGGGGUUAAGGGGCGAUGA